UAUAAAGACAAAAGUUUUUCACACUAUCACUUUGAAACUUCCGGGUUAAGGGUCUCUAUUUAAAAGCAGACUGUCAGGCUUUUUUUCAGAGAGGAUGCGUUAUAAAGAAAACAGUUACUAUAAAAUGAAUAAAAGACCAGCAUUUUUUGUUCUAUCAUAGAUACUCUAAUGACUUCAUCUAGUCACACGUGAAUAUUAUAUAGAUUCCUGAGUAUAGCUGUUAUACACUAGAAUGACACGUUUUGGUGACCAAAAGACAGCAUCAGCUAAGGACAAUCAGUACUGGAAUAAUUGCAAAGUAAUUGAGAAAAAUAGAUUGAGUUUGAAUGACCUGGGCCUACACAAGAGUCAUGAACGCAAGUUACUUGUCCAGCUAAAAUUGCUGCCUGAAUAUGUGGAUAGAAAGAUAGCCAAAACGUUCAUCAGAAGUUUGUUCAAAGCCAUGGGCCCUAAAGAAUGUCUUCUAAUUGAGCUGGACGAUCGAGUGGUCGACAUUAUCGAAAGUGACGCUCACCGGAUGGGGAAGGUCACGUGGAUGAUGACGUCAUCAGUUUUCCAAAAUUUAAAGGAGGAUAAAAAAUCAACUUACUCAAACUUCAAGCGUCUUAUUGUAAUUGAUGAUGGCCGAAAGUCCCUACAGAUGGACAUAGGGAGAAAUGAAAACCACUACAUAUGUGAAAUAGUCAUCGAAACAGAGAAGGAGGAGAACCCACCCUCCACCGGAGCUGACAAUGAGGUCAAAGGUCAAGGUGAGGGCAAAGGUGAGGGCAAAGGUGAGGGCAAAGGUGAUGGUGCUAAUACCGGUCCUGUGGCGGGAGAAGAAGAACAAGACUAUGACUACAUCUUCAACUUGUGUGAUGUUGACGACGAUGACGGCUAUGAUAAUAGAGGAUUUUUUAUUCGCUUCUCACCUGUCAACGAUGAUUCCUCUGCAUAUAAAACAGCUAAAUUAGACAUCAAGCAAACAAAGGGGCAAGUAAACUUUAUAUUUUUAUCUUAUUCUAGCUAUAGAAUAUUACGUUGUUAUUGAAAGAUGAAAAUGAAUAGAAGUCAGUAAUAAUAUGAAGAAUUAAUAAUAUUACC